AUGGCAGCUCGAGUGGUUUUGCAUCAAGUUCUCCAUGGCGAACAAAGGAAAGCGGCCAGGAGCAGCGUGCAAAGCCAUAGAAGGAUCUCUGCCAGUGGUCUCGCACUUUCGUUGGAGGUUGGUCAAGAAGAAGAAGGCUUCUUGCAGACUUUGAAAUGGUCAAUCGAGGCACGUGUUCCAGGGGUGCACGGGCCGCCUGCAGGAACCGGUGGCACGGGCAAUGCCGGGGAGGAAGAUUCUGACAGUCAAGACGGAGAUGCCCGUGCCAAGGAAGGUCCGUAUGCAUGUGCUACCGAGACGGCCAGCAUGCGGUCCUUCGAGACGGGACUUUCGGACCAGGAGAGGCUCGAGGACUACCCGAAGCGGCAAUGUCGAAUCAUUUCGCCGAAAAAUCCUUGGAAAAUUUGCUGGGACGUUUUCGUUGGUAUACUGAUCAUAUACACGAUCAUCGCGAUGACUUGGCGAAUUGGAUUUGACCAGGCGGCUCAGGGAGGAGCACUGAUCUUCGACUACGCUGUCGAUGCAGUUUUCGCCGUUGACACGGUUCUUUGCUUUCGCACGGGCUUCUACGCAGAGUCUGCCGAGGAUACCCUGAUCACCGAUGCCUGGGAGAUUGCCAAGCGGUACUGCAUGUCCUACUUCCUCUUCGAUCUUCUUUCGUGGCUUCCUAUAGAUUUGCUGGUUCAGGUCAUCACCGGUCAUAGCGGUGCAGAGAUGAAGUCAGUGAAGCUUAUGAAGUUCGUCAGACUGAUCCGGCUUGCCAAGCUCAUGAGACUCUUCAAGCUCGGCAGGUUUCUUGCCAUCCUCGAGGAGCAGCUGCACCUUAAGCCCGCAAUGAUUCGCAUGGUGAGGCUCAUCUUGAACAUCGUCUUCCUGGCACAUCUCCUGGCCUGCAUGUGGCACUUCAUCGCACUUCCUGCUUGCGGGGAGUCAGAGGAGGAUAUAUCUUCGAUUGGCCCCUGCUCAGACAAGCUUGAUGAUGUGUACAUCAGUCCGAACUGGAUCAGGGUCUACAACGUGGAUCAGUUUGGCUUGGUCUCCAAGUACAUCGCCUCCUUUCACUUCAUCACUGCCACCAUGAUGGCAGUCGGAUACGGUGAUAUCUGGGCGAAGAACACAGACGAGCGGCUCUUCUGCAUCGUCCUUCAGCUCUUCGGCGCCACGGCCUUCGGCUUCAUCCUCUCCUCGGUCACGUCUCUGCUGGAGUCGGCGAACCCUCGUUCCAACGAGACCAACAAGCGCCUGAAUGAAAUCAAGGAGUGGUGCACGGGUCGAAGAAUGCCUCGCCAUUUGAGGGCAGCCAUUCGAGAACACACCCAGUACGUGCUUCACAAGAAGUCCAUCUUCAAUGAGGCGGACAUUCUCGGCAACAUGCCCAUGAGCAUCAGGAUGGACAUUAUCCAGAACUCAUACUCUGAGUGGCUGCGUACUCUGGAGAGACCAUUCCAUGAGGAGGACUUGGCAUUCAGGAUAGAGCUUGUCCAGAUGAUGAUGCCUCAACAUGUCUUGCAGAAUGAGGUGAUCAUUGAAGAGGGAGAAGUCACAGCAGAGGUCUAUGUCGUGAAUCAUGGCUGCCUGGAGGCAGUGUGUGAUGGCGAUCGCCAAGACAUUGCGCAGCUGAAGACAUGGGCAGGGGGGCCAAAAGCGACCUGUGCCGCCGUCCAGGGCACCUCCUUUUGUGCGUCUCUGAAUCAGUAUCAGGUUCAGCAGUGCUUAAAGCGGAGUGCGCUGGGUGAAGUCUUGAUGGAGCAGGAAUUUGAGGCUGGGGAGGCUUGA